ACAAUCCAUAACUUCUACAUGGAGUUCCAACUACCCUCUUUACCAAUCCUUCUGUCUUCAUUACUUUUACUGAUUAUGGUGGUGAAAAGAAUUCAAUCCAGAAACUCAGCUUCAAAACUACCCCCAGGACCAUGGGGACUACCCUUACUUGGAAAUUUGCACCAGAUUAUUGGCCCUUUACCUCAUCAUUCAAUCAGCAAGUUAGCUAAGAAAUAUGGACCCUUCAUGUACCUUAGACUUGGACAAAUUCCAACCAUAGUAGUUUCAUCACCGGAGUAUGCGAAAGAGGUGAUGAGAACCCACGAUGUGGUGUUUGCAUCGAGGCCUCGGACUCUCAUUUCGCAGAUCAUAGCAUAUGGCUGCACGGACAUAGCAUUUGCUCCAUAUGGUGAGUACUGGAGACAACUCAGAAAGAUUUGUGUGCGGGAGCUUUUGAGUCCAGCAAGAGUUCAAACUUUUGGACCCGCCAGACGAGAAGAGUAUUUCGAUGUUCUGCAAGUGAUUUCAUCAAAAGUUGGGUCAGCUAUCAAUCUUACUGAGAUGGUCACAAGAUCGUCGUAUAGGAUCACAGCUCGGGUUGCGCUUGGCAAGGAAAGCAUCAGUGACCAUGAUGAGGUGAUAUCGAUUGUGGAGGAAGCUCUCAAGGCAGCUCUAGGGUUUGAAUUUGGAGAAGUGUUUCCUUCUUUGAGUUUUCUUGAUUGGAGCAGUCGGCCUAAGUAUGAGAUCCUCAGGAAAAGGUGUUCAAGGAUUAUGGAAAAGAUCAUCAAAGAGCAUAUAAAGAAGAAUGCAACUAUGUCAUCGGCAGAGAAAGGUAGUAAAGAGGAAGAUUUGCUUGACGUUCUUCUCAAGUAUCAUAACAACAACAUUACUACUAAUGGAGAUGUUGGGUUCACAUUAACAACUGACAAUAUCAUAGCAGUAAUCUUGGAUAUUUUUACAGCUGGAAGUGAAUCAACAGCUUUAACUUUGGAUUGGGCUAUGGCAGAAAUGAUGAGAAAUCCAAGAGUGAUGAACAAGGCUCAAAAUGAGGUGAGGGAAGUGUUUGGUAGAAAUGGGUCAGUGGAUGAAACCUCAAUCAAUGAGAUGAAGUACUUGAAAUCCAUUGUCAAAGAAAUUCUAAGGUUGCACCCUACAGCUCCACUGUUGGUUCCAAGGGAAAGUAGAGAAAAAUGUGAGAUUAAUGGUUAUGAGAUACCUAUGAAAACCAGAGUACUGGUAAACAUUUGGGAAAUUGGAAGAGAUCCUAAAUAUUGGGUUGAGCCAGACAGUUUUAUGCCAGAAAGGUUUCUUGAUAGCUCUAUCGACUUCAAGGGCAACAACUUUGAGUAUAUUCCAUUUGGUGCCGGAAGGAGAAUUUGUCCAGGCAUAUCAUUGGGUACCAUCAAUAUUGAGCUUCCUCUUGCUUUGUUGCUGUACCACUUUGAUUGGAAACUCCCUAAUGGAAUGAAACCUGAAGAUUUAGACAUGACUGAGUCGUUUGGUGUUACCGUGAGAAGAAAAUAUGAUUUGUUGUUGAUUCCUGCGCACCACUCAUGAUCUGUCAUCUACGGCAAAAUCACAAGAAGAUGAAGUUGAAGAUAAAGAUUUGUAUUACUAUAUAU